UAGUUUUAUUGAUUAAUAUUUAUUACCCUCCAAAAUUCAUUUUUACAGUGAUAGCAACAGACUAUUAUUAAAAUUAUUUAGAAAUGUUUAGAAACAUAUGAACUUUAUUCCUUCAGCUACAGUCCUCAUCAUCAGGGCUCUUAAUUACAUACCUGACAAUAACUCAGAAUUAAAAGCUGGGUUAAUUAGUUGUCCAUAAACUAUUCACAGGCUUCUCAUAAGUGGAUUAUGGGCAGAUCAGCACCACAAUCUGCAUGUUUUAAAGCCAAACAGUGAAGAAAGCAGUGAGUGCGUGGGGAUGAGACUUGAAUCUGAAACCAUAAGUGGAUUUUUAAAUAUUGUUUUUAGAGUUUAUCCCAGAGCGGCUGACUCCGCUCUGCUCAUCUCGCAGGGUCCUCCCACCCCUCCUUUCAGCCGCCACUUGCUGCAGCCCGCUGCGUUGUGUAAGACGCGACCUGUUAUGGCCACCACUACUUCCGGGUUUCAGCAGUCUGGUCCAGAUCCUCCGCGCUCCUCCUCAGUUCGAGACGCACACAACAUCCCCAUUGUGCGCAAACGGCCGAGGCGGCUCACGCAUGCACACGCACCGUGCACACACUUCCCACUGGACGCGUUCGCGCACUUGCGCGCAGCAUCGAUUGUGGCUCCUUUAAGAGAGCCCAAGCCAGAAUUAUCACCCCACCUCCUCUUGAUCUUCCUCUAGACGCUUUUGCAUAAGAAAAUCAAGCCGGGAGUCGAGAGUGAUCAAAGAAAAAGAGAGGAGAGCUGCUUCGUUUUUUAACGGGGAUUGUGACCAUUAAGCGUUAAGGUGGUGCCGAUCCCGUGGAGACGCGCGUCGGUCCCAUCAUUCAUCCGCUACUUUUGACAAGCCCCCUCGCGUUGUGACUGACAGUCGAAGUGGCGGAAAAGGCAUGAGAGCGACCAGUUUUGUUUAAAGGGGGCUGUUUUAUUUUCACCCUACUUUUGGAAAAAGGACCCCGGCGCUGGUGCCGAGAGGACAGCCGAGGACGAGUAUCCGCCGUGCCCGGGCUGAACUUGUACUGAGAGCGAGCGGGAGCUGGCUUCACGGCUCCUUGGAAGAAACAAGAAGAGAAGGAACUCGGGAUUUUGGCUGAAAGCUCUUCUCGUUUGUUUUGGAUUUUCCUUCUUUUAUCCCGCGUCCACCCUGGCCUCAGAGGGGAUUUACCCAAACUGAAAGGACGACAAGGGAGUGAGGAGGGCUAUGGCGCAACGGUACGAAGACUUGCCCCACUACGGGAUGGACGGUGUGGGCAUCCCGACCACCAUGUACGGAGACCCGCACGGAGCUCGGUCCAUGCAGGCGGUGCACCUGAACCACGGCCCCCAGCUGCACUCGCACCAGUACCCGCACACCGCCCACACCAACACCAUGCCUCCCAGCAUGGGCUCCUCCGUCAACGACGCUCUCAAAAGAGAUAAAGACUCCAUUUACGGGCACCCCCUGUUCCCCUUGCUUGCACUGAUUUUUGAGAAAUGUGAAUUAGCGACGUGCACCCCCAGAGAGCCCGGGGUGGCGGGAGGAGACGUCUGUUCAUCGGAAUCUUUCAAUGAAGACAUAGCCGUGUUUGCAAAACAGAUUCGUGCAGAAAAGCCUCUAUUUUCAUCAAAUCCAGAGUUGGAUAAUCUGAUGAUUCAAGCCAUUCAAGUUUUACGAUUUCAUCUUCUGGAGCUGGAGAAGGUACACGAGCUGUGUGAUAAUUUCUGUCACCGGUACAUCAGUUGCUUGAAAGGCAAGAUGCCCAUCGACUUGGUCAUAGACGACAGAGAGGGCGGGUCCAAAUCAGACAGCGAGGAAAUCACAAGAUCGGUGGCGUUGGAUCAGACAUCCUGGAACAGAGACCAUGACGACACAGCGUCCACACGCUCCGGAGGUACGCCGGGACCGUCCAGUGGUGGACACACAUCGCACAGCGGGGACAACAGCAGCGAACAGGGUAAGAGUUAA